AUGGCUAAGGGUCAGGAGUUGGUGGCACUCUUUGCCCUGGAGCUGCCGGAGCGCAACAACGAGGAGUGCCACCACAUCCGCACUUUUAGGAGGGGAGUUGACCGCACGCGAGACCCUGUCACGCAGACACUCACCAAGGAGACCGAGGUGCUGCUCGCCGGGCGCGCCCUCCUAACACAGACGCUGCAGGAGAUAGAAGCCCAGAUCAAGAGGUUGCUGGAGGUAAAGAGGUUGCUGGAGCACGAUUGGUCGGACAAGCAAGAAGCUUUCCAACUCGACCACUCGGCGGCUAAGCUUGUCAACCACGCGGUCAAGGCGCAGUUUAAGCCAGUCUCCGCCGCCCUCCACGAAGGGACCUCCGCCCCCGAAACCUGGCGUCUCCGCAGCGCGCAGCACAUGGACGUCUGCCGGAGGGAGAUCACGAGUGGCACUCAGCUGAGGGGGGCGUCGGAUCAGGUCGGGAAGUACUGGUGGAAAUGGAGGGAAUGGGGAGAGUGCGGGCAGGCGCUGAGGUUCGACUGGGGGAGGCUAGUGUGGGCAGGGCUUAUUGGGGAUGAACGGGACUAG